GUCUAGUCUCGGUUUAGCCAUGGUCUUGUCCAACCCUCAUGGACUGAAAGCCGGCAACGACGGUUCUCCGUCUCCGUUGCGGAGUCACACAAUCUGGGCACGCAUGUGCGUUAGCACCCAGGACUCCCGAUUCACAUGCGCGUGGGAGCUCAAUGGGAGACCACACAUGGAGGUCGACCCGUCGUCUUGUUCCCGACUCGCCUCACCUCAAUUGGGGGCUGUGUGAAGCUGUUGGUGAAUCGUUGGUCUGACCUGAGGAAUCCUUUCGUGCCCUGAUCUCUAGUAUGGUGCUGUCCCUUACAGUUCACUCGCCCAUCGGAGCGCUAAGUUGGCAUUGUUUGAUUUCUUUCCACCCAUCGCUGCGGAGGGUGGUCAUACAUCAUAACUCGAUCCCAUCCAUCCAAAUCCCUCGGCGACAUCAUUCAUUUUCAUCUUGCCCUUGAGCAGCCCUGAUUAUCAUGCCGUGCGCGAGGAGAUGAACUGAUACGACUUCUAGUUAAAUGCAAGUGGCGAGCGCAGUCGCAUCUGUGUCCUCAGUUCUGGAGCAAAAAUGAACACACCGCCAGGCAAGCCAAGCGCGCAGAGUCCCCACUUUUACUUCCGGGAUCGCGGGAUGCUCAUUCUCGAGGCAGAAAACGUAUUAUUCAGAGUGCACGAACACUUCCUACACCGCGACUCGCCUGUCCUACGUGACCUCGUCCCAACGGAGAUCUCGAACACCGGCCCGGAGGCGAUAUUCCACCUGGACGGUGUGAAAAGCAAGGAUCUGGAACAUCUUCUCUGGCUCUACUACAAUCCCCUCAUAACAGACUACACCGCACCAAGAUCAACCUGGCUCGCGAUCCUCCGCCUCGCCGACAGAUUCUCGAUGACACGCCCCGCGCAGAUCGCCCUCGAGCACCUCAUGGCGCCGACAGCGACAGCGAACACAGAUCCGCUCGAGCGCAUCAUGCUGUGCGAGCGCCCGGACAUGAGCCGCUCUGACGCGCGGGAUGCGUAUGUCCGGGUGUGCACGCGCGAGGCCGCGCUGACGGCGGAGGAGAUCGCGCGGCUCAGUCCGGCGGUGGUCGGCAUAAUCGGGGCCGCCAGGGAGCGCAUUUUGCGCAUGCGGAGCGGCUUGGAAGACGAGGUAGUCGAAGUCGUGCAGCGGGCGUUGGAGCAGGCGGAAGGCGAGAGUGAUUAAAUACAUGUAGGACCUGGCUAGGGUGCGCUUUAGCUAGCGAUCCGUACUUUGAGAAUUACUCUAUUCUAUUGCACCCGGCUAUUGGACUAUUUCUUUGUUUUACCAAUCGUCUUCUAUUCAUAGCAAAAUUUAUGACAGAAGGGAAUGGUCGUCCUUGAAUCACUGACAGGACGAUCAAUUCUGGUCGGACUCAAUAGCACGGUGCACUGUAGACACCGUAUUCACCGAUAAAAUGAACGGCCAUU